AUGUUCAACAAAGAAACUCGUCCAUAUACUAUUGCCCUUAGAAAUUUAAAUAAUGAUAAUCAAUUAGAUCUUGCUAUUACUAAUUCUGGUACUAACAAUAUACUUCUACUUUAUGGAUGUGGAAACGGAACCUUUACAAAUGCAACAUCAUAUCCUUUAGGUUAUAAUUAUCUUCCUUAUUCACUUGCUAUUACUAAUUUAAAUCAAGACAAAUGGAUGGAUAUUGUUAUAGCAAGUUAUAAUGCAGAUCAUAUACAGACUUUAGUCAAAAUGUGUUAA